UUAAAAGAAAAAUCCUACAUAUGACAUAUAUCGUGUCGUUUUUAUUGAGUAAACGAAAAAUUGCUAGUGAACAGAAUAAACCCUCGUUAUCAACGUUGAACAAAUAAAUAAACUUUGCUAAUUGUAACUUAUCAAGGUGAUACAAUUCGAAAAGCAGGGUAAAUGUAAUUGUAAAGACGUAGACAAGAGGAGACACCACAAGAAAAAAUAAAAAAUGGACGAUAUAGUCGACGUCGAGAUGAUAUCAGAUCAAGAAAUGGUAACGAAAGAAAUAGUAAAGAAAUGGAUGGAAAAGUUUGAAGAAGGCGUUUUAUCAAGUUCGCACUUCAAAGAGUAUUGGCGCACUUGGGUCCCUCGCCUUUACAGUCCUGGGAUGAACGAUAAUUGCCUUCAUUUUAAUUUUAACGAAGACGAAGCAUCCCGAAAGUUAUUUCAACCUUUAGAAGAAUUCAUUUGUAAUGGAGAUCCGGUCGCGGUUUGGCAACAAUUAACGGAGAAAGAUAAAAAACCGUCGGUUUGCGGGCGCGUUUUUAAACACGGCGAGCCAACUUAUAGUUGUAGAGAAUGCGGGAUGGAUAACACGUGCGUUUUGUGCGUUAAUUGUUUCAAAAAAUCCGAGCAUCGAAAUCACAAAUACAAGAUGGGGGCUUCGUGCGGUGGGGGUUGUUGCGAUUGUGGCGAUACCGAAGCGUGGAAGAAAGAUCCAUAUUGUGAAACUCACGCUUUAGGACUUCAACAUGAACAAUUACACGUACAACUUCCGGAAAGUUUGGUUGAAAGAACGAGAAUUGUUUAUGAUGCUGUUUUAUGGUAUGCGUAUAAUUUAUUAACGCUGGAACAUUCAGCCGAUUUUGGAUUAAAAUCAAAUCUAGAUGAAGACGAUCUUUUCGACGCAUAUUGUACGGUUUUGUAUAACGACGAAAGCCACACCUUCGAACAAGUUAUUAGCACAUUAAAUCGCGUUAUUAAAUGCCCACAAAGAACUGCAAUUGAAUACGUUACAAAUAUCGAUAGGGAAGGUAGAGCUAUCGUUAAAUGUUCCGAUUUUCAACAUUGUAGUAAUUUAAAAUCUGAAAUUGAGAAAUACACCUCAAGACAUGGGAAUAAACCGUUAAAAGUUUUAGUUGUUCACGCUCACGUUGUGGCCCAUCAAAUUUUUGCGAUGAAACUUUUAUCGUGGUUGCAAACAUUUUUGGGGCACGGCGAAGGAUUUCGAUCGAUUUUUUCUGAAAUCGCUUUAAAACCACAACAAGCGGAUCCGUGUAUAAUUAAAGGAAUUUUACUCCGCGAUUCUCAACUGUGGAAAAGCGCGAGAACGCAUUGGCACACUUUAAUUAUAUCCGGGAUGUUAUUAGAGUACGAAAAUAAAAAAGCUUUCGCGAAAAUUUUUAUGAAAAACUUUGGAAACGUCAUGAAAGAUUUUAUUAAAGACGAUCACGAACACACCUUUUCAAUCUCGUCACUUUCGGUGCAAAUUUUCACCGUCCCAACGAUCGCUCAUCAUUUAAUUGCAAACGACGACGCUCUAUUUAUUUUAUUGAACACUUUCAUUUCGGAGUGUAGCAGAAAAUGCAAUAAAAACGGUAAACUCGAGUUUGAAAGAAACGCGACUAGCCAAACGUUUAAACGGGCUCAAUACAUGCUUUAUGAUUUGCGAUAUUUAUUAAGUUCGGUUCCGCAGGAAUGGAGCGACGAUUUACGCAUUAAUUUUUUGCAAGGGUUAUCGCUUUUAUUAAAGUUAUUAACGAUGAUGCAAGGAAUGGAUUCGGUCGUGCGACAAGUUGGGCAACACAUGGAGUAUGAGCCAGAGUGGGAAACCGCUUUUAAUUUACACAUUAAACUCGCUUAUUGUAUUUCUUUGGCUUUGGAGUGGUGUGGGAGUGAUCGGGUUGUUUUGAUUAAAGCUUAUCGAUUAACUUUGAAACAAUUACACGAUCAUCCUUGUAAUGAGCUCUCUACGAGUCUUGAUAUACGCGAAUUAGCCGAUCAUACAGUGACCUGUCUUCAUUACGAUGUUGCGUCAAAACCGGUUUCGAUUCAUCUCCCUUUAUCGAGAUUUUUGGCUGGGUUACACUUACACUUGGAAAAAUAUAACUUGUCUUUUGAUGGGGCUGAAUUUAAAAUCGAUAAGCCGACUCCCGUUGAGAUUAUUGAGCCGGUUUUGCGAACCCAAGUUAUGAUCGCGCAAGUGCACGCCGGGAUGUGGAGAAGAAACGGUUACGCGUUAUUAAAUCAACUUUAUUUUUAUCAUAACGCGAAGUGUCGAAGUGAGAUGUUAGAUAGGGAUAUAAUUUUGUUGCAAAUUGGGGCUACGUUAAUUGAAAGUAACGAUUUCAUGAUACACUUGUUAAAUAAAUAUAAUUUGUGCCAAUGGGCGAGUUUAAAUUUCGAAAGUGGUAACCCAAAACAAAGCGAAGAAGAUAGUAUUCGACAAACAAUCACGCUUGUUGAAGAAUUCCUUCAAUUACUUAUCGUUAUAAUCGGGGAGCGUUGGGUUCCCGGGAUUAGCAAAGUUUCGCAACAAGAACGAAUCAAAAAAGAAAUCAUCCAACAUUUAUGCAUCAAACCUUUACUUCAUUCCGAAUUAUACAAAAUAGUCCCUGAAAACAUCGUUCCCCGCGACACCGGAAUCGAUGAUGUGACCCAUGACAUCGCGAAAUUUAAAAAACCCACCCAAGGAACCGGGCAAGGCGUUUACGAAUUAAAAGACCCUUAUUUCGAACAAUACAACAUUUUCUUUUAUCACUACACAAGAGAAGAACUUUCAAAAUCCGAGGAGGCACAAAGAAAGCGUCGCAAAGCCGCGGGCGAAUUAGAAUGUUGCCCCCCACCCCAACUCCCAAAAUUAAGCGAAAACUUCAGUUUAAUCGUAAAUUUAUUACAAUGCGACGUAAUGUUACACAUCAUGCAAACAGUUUUAGAGCGAUCAGUGAAUUUACGCGCCGUGAGUUUCUCCGAGUUACAACUCCACAAAGUUCUUCACCUAAUCGGAUACGCUUUGCAAGAAGAACAAACCGGUUAUUACCCGUUUUUAAUAUUUAGCGAAAAAUCCGUUAAAUACAAACUACAAUAUUUAUUAGAGGAGUUAUCGAAAAGUCCGAGAGUUGAGGCCCAUAAAGAUCUAAUUAAGUGGACGUUAAAUUUAUAUAAACAAGUCGGGAAGAACGUUGAGGUGGUAUCCGAACAAAUCUCGAUGGAGAGCGAACAAGAAAAAGAGGAUAAAGAAAAAGAACGCAGGGCGAAAUUAGCCGCGCAAAGACGCGAGAAAAUUAUGGCCCAAAUGGCCGCGAUGCAAAACUCGUUUAUUAAAGAACACGCGAAAUUAUUUCAAGAAACUAAUUCAGAAUUAACCGAUAAAGAACAAUCCAACAUAAAAUUGGGUGAACCCUCUAGUAUUAUCGAUGAAAAACUCGAAAACAACAACACCGCUUUGUUGGGAAAACACAAAAAAAUACCCUCAGUUCCUGAUAAAUACUACGUUUGUAUUUUAUGCCAAGAAGAACAAAAAGUAACCGCGGAAGGGCCUGCUUUAGUUUUAGCCGCUUUCGUACACCAAGCAACGGUUUUAUGCCGAAAUAGAAACGUAGAACACGAUUGUGGGGACCCACUAUUUUUAAAUUCAGAUUUAGGUCCCGCCCCAUACACAAGCACUUGCGGCCAUGUUAUGCACAGCGCUUGUUGGCAACGCUACUUCGUAAAUGUGAUGCAAAAAGAAAACAGAAGACCAUAUAGAUUACGACACCCCGCUAGUUUUGAUAUUGAAAAACAAGAAUUUUUAUGUCCUCUUUGCGAAUGUUUAAGCAACACGGCUAUUCCCCUUUUACCUUCUUUAACUAAUUUUCAUUCGCCCUCCAAAGAAGGGGAACCCGUUAAUUUUUCCGAAUGGUUAACGGCCAUUAACGAUAUAGUACGCCAAACUAAAGGGACUUGCCACGGAUCGUUUCAUUGCAAAGAAACCGCGAGUAACCCUUGUUUGGAAUGCGAAAAUAUAGGAAAUUAUUUAGAUUGCGGCGAAACUUGCGAGGAUCGAAUGCACCAAAUUUGUAUACCACCGAAUUUUGAAGAAUUGCAAUCGUUAGGUGAUAAAAAAGAAAGCUUUAAAGAAAUAUUCCCGAUUUCUUCUGUUGAGUUAUCGGAUAAUUUACAAGAAAUAAUCGAUUUGUACGCCCAAGCGCCGUAUACAAGAGGUUUAAAUGUUGGAUCACACCCAGAUGACCGCAGAAUAGCACCAAUGGCUUGGAAAUCAUGCGCCUACACGAUUCACACUAUUGAAAUGAUAUUGCGUGACGCAAAUAAACCUUUAUUGGGGAAUUUAUCGAGCAGACAUCGAGAUUGUAUUGAAUCUCUCGUUAGGGUUAUGGCUGUGUUAGGAAAUACCUGUUUGACCGAUAAAGUGAUAGCAUCGCACGCCGCGAAACUUCUAUCUUUAUUAAUAGCGUGUCGUGAAGAUGAUCCAUCGAUUCUUGAAUGGGAUUCUUUUGGAUUUUUAGUCUCAUUAACAUUUUCUUUGCCUAGUAUUUUCACCAGUGGCAAAAAUUUGUGUAUACCAACCGGAGGAACUUUAGAAUUACACACUGCUAGGUUACUUUUAACCGUUCAUAUCGUUAAGAUCUUAGUAUUAAAAAGUUUAAAUGACGGCGAUCGAUCAAUGGAAGUAGACGGCGAAGUUAUUGAUUAUACACCUAAAAUUAUUUCGAUAUUAACGAAAGAAUGCGAUGAUUGGAAAUAUUACCACGACGAAAUUAAAAGGGCGUGUAUCCCCUUUUUACGUUGUAUGGUUUUAUUGUAUCAACAUCUAACUGAUCACCCCCCAGGGGAAAUUCUAACUGAAGUUGGAGGUGAUACUUACGAAAAUAUUUGCGUAUACUUGGGAUUACCAACUGAUAUUAACGAUUUAUUUAUAGAAGAUAAAGUACUUUACUUAGUUAAUAAUUGGUUAAAACACCCCGAAUUAAAAUCUUUAUUAACUUGCCAAAAACCAGCACCGCAACCUUUAGAACCUUUAGCUAUAAACAAAUUGGUAGAAUUACCAGUCGAUUACAGCGAAUUAAUUAACACGGUUUCUUCGUUUACUUGCCCAAACAGGGAUCAUGAUGAUUCAAGAAAUCCUACGAUGUGCUUAGUUUGCGGGGAAAUUCUUUGUUCGCAAAACUAUUGUUGUCAAACUGAGGUAAACAAAGUUGUUGUUGGAGCUUGUAAUUAUCACGCGUAUAAAUGUGGGGCUGGAGUUGGUAUCUUUUUGCGUAUAAGGGAUUGUGAAAUUUUAUUCUUAGCCAGCCCAAAUCGCGGUUUGUUGUUAGCACCGCCGUAUUUAGACGAUUAUGGAGAAACAGAUCAAGGUUUGAAACGUGGUAACCCUCUAAAACUUAGCCAAGAUUUGUACAAAAAGUUCCAAAACAUGUGGUUGAAUCACACGAUUCACGAGGAAAUUGCACGUUCGAUCGAAUCGAGUAAUAUCAGCAAUAUAUUACCAACGAUGUGGCAACACCUCUAGGAAAAUACCUUGGAAAAUAUUAAUUAAUAAUUUUUAUUUAGUACUUAUUUUGAGCAGUAGGUCUUUAUUAAAUAAUUUAUCCAUGACGCUCUCGAGAAAUAUAUUUUACAUGUAAAUGUAAAUUACUUUGUAUACCUAUUGUUAUCUAUCAAUUUGUUUUUUUUUUGUAACUAUUAAAUAUUUGAUUACCGUU